AUGCCGUACACGCUGUCUGAAUGCGGAGCUAUCGUGUUAUAUGUAACGAAUCAGUCCAGUGAUGUGUUGGACAGCGUCUGCAUCUUCAAAUGCUUCCUCAAUAAGACUACGGAAUGCUGCCGUGUGGGUCGGGAGUCCUUUCUGAUCACUCUGGGAUCCAGCACUGCUUUGCUAAAGUUUGUGUCUCAAGCUGAAUUCAGUGCAUUUGCAAAUACCUUGAAAAGAUUCCAGAAUCAGAAAAAGAAGUGUUCUGUGUUCAGCCAGCGGACAGAAGAAGCAUCCGCAACACAAUACUUCCAGUUUUAUGGCUGCAUUUACCAGCAGCAGAACAUGAUGCAAGAUUUUGUGAGGACAGCCACCUACCACAGAGCCAUCCUCCAGAACCACGUGGACUUCAGAGACAAGGUUGUUCUUGAUGUGGGGUGUGGAUCAGGAAUCCUGUCAUUUUUUGCUGCACAGGCUGGAGCUAAGAGAGUCUAUGCAGUUGAGGCCAGCUCGAUAGCACAACAUGCACAGUUGCUAGUGAGGAAUAACCAGCUCUCACACAAGAUCAUUGUUCUGUCAGGAAAAAUCGAAGAAAUCUCACUUCCCGAGGAAGUAGAUGUGAUCAUUUCUGAACCAAUGGGAUACAUGCUGUUCAAUGAAAGGAUGCUGGAGAGCUAUCUUCAUUCAAAAAAAUGGUUAAAAGCGAAUGGAAAGAUGUUUCCGACAUUCGCCGACAUCCACUUGGCUCCCUUUUCUGAUGAGCAGCUCUACGCGGAACACUACUCCAGAGCCAACUUUUGGUACCAAAAAUGCUUCUACGGGAUCAACCUGUCCAGUCUCCAGGGUGCAGCAGUGGACGAAUACUUCAGACAACCUAUAAUAGAUACAUUUGAUGUUAAGAUUUUGAUGGCUUCGACGGUCAAAUACACAGUCAACUUUCUUAAUGCAAAAGAGGAAGAUCUACACAGAAUAGAAAUCCCCUUUAAAUUUCAAAUUCUGCAGUGUGGCCUCAUCCACGGCCUAGCCUUCUGGUUCGAUGCAGCCUUUAUUGGAUCCCAAAUGACGGUUUGGCUGUCCACAGCUCCAACGGAGCCCUUGACACACUGGCAUCAGGUGCGCUGCCUUCUUCAGACUCCUCUCUUUGCCAAGGAAGGGGAGACUCUGUCUGGGAGAGUGCUGCUUGUCGCCAAUAGGUGGCAGAGCUAUGACAUUCAAAUCGUGGCGCUGGUGAACCAGACAGGCUUGAAGUCUGAAAAUGUCCUUGAUUUAAAGAACCCAUUCUUGAGGUUUGCUUAGAAGACACUUGCCAGCCAAGCAAUAAAUCAGACCAAGGUCUGUCAAGCUCACCGACAUCCAAGUUCAUAUUUCAUAUUCUGUGCAUUCUGGACUUCAUACAACUAGAU